AUCAAUCAAUUUUUCACGAGAAACUAUCAAGUAUUUAAUCUUCGAUGAAAUUAAAAUAAAAUUCAAACAAUUAGAUUCAAAUAUUGACCAAAGCACAUAAUAACAUUUUUACUCUGUAAUUGAAAUUAUUUGCACGACAACUAUAACAUGCUAAAACAAAACAAAUUUACAAAAACAUCCUAAAUCUAAGGACAGUUUUUGGUAGAAACGUCAUUGGAUGUAUCACAGCAACAAAUGUUUAGACAAGAAUAAAGAAAUUUCUUUACAAAAUGAAGUCCAAAUAGAAGCCCAGACAGCUUAACAUCAACGACAAAACAAUUUCAGACUACAUUCAUAGAAUUAAUACCGUUAACGUUGUUUUUACUAGCAAUACAUAAAACUUUUUGUUUUUUUAAAACGAAUACCAAACAUAGCUUCACCGAAAACUUAUAUUGUGCUUACUGUGAUUUGUUUCCAGCCCCAGUUCAAGCAGUUUAACAAGCGGUAACAACAGACACGGGUGACACCCUUGUACCUUGGGUACCAGAGCCACAAAAAUACGCUCCUCUGACACUCCACACCUAUCUUUUAUUUCUGCGCUAGAAAUGGUGUUGCUCUGGUACCCAGGGUAACAUCCUUGUUGAUUAGUCGGUCUGAAAUAAUUUUUUUUCCUAAGGCCAGAUCCGUUUGUGGUUGUUUUACGACCAACGAGCUAACGUUGAAAACUAUUCUUGGGGCAUAAUUAUUUUUUCGAAUAUGAUUUUCCCCAUUUGCUAACGUCUUAUUAUGCCCUGGACCAGAUAAAAGUUAAAGAUUUGUUCUCAAAUGCAGACUUUUUGAUAUAUCUGUGAGAUGAAAUAUAAUCCAGGAAUAUAGCCACAUAAAAUUGCUACACGUACAUAACAAAUCACUGCAGGAUUAUGAAACUCUAUUGGUACGACUAGAAAAGCUAUCUUCUGGUAGCAUAUUCUGGAAUCUGGUCUACCUGACUCCUUAAAAGGCAACUUUUUAAGGAUUUCAAUAAUAAUCUUCCAGGCAAGUGUCACUGCAAUCAUGUCAUCCACGAGAUUACUUCCCUGUCGCGGCGGCUAACCUACGAAAAAGAAUUUGAUUUUGUAUGCUUGGUAUUUGGUUUUUUGGGAAUAUUUCCUUACAGAAGCCUAAUUACUGCUUGUAAAUGCAUGAUUAAAAAGACGGCGAUCCAUGCUUGCGUUGUCAAGCCAUUCAAUGAAAUAUUCAUGCUCACAAUCGUCGUAUUUGCCUAUUUCGCUUUUGACAGUCCAAGAUACAAGGCCGCGUAUUUACCUUUGUAAACACGCUUUAAAUGAGGCGCAAAGCUUCUUGUAAACAAUAGUAAAGCAAAGGCGAAGUAUUGCUAAAACCAGCCAAGGAAACGAAAACAACUUGAUUGCAUUGACUACUGUCAAUAGGGAAGUAAAGGACAGACUAUAGCUGAAGUAAAAUAGGAAACCAUGUUCAUGAUAGUGAAGUAUGGAGAAUGCAAGGAACAGUUCUUCAAUACCGACUGCCGAACAAAAGUUCUUCUAGAAUGCAUCAAAGAAAAAUGCGAUGCCAUGAAUGAAGAGCUAAUAGACUUAGCAGAUGAGAAUGGCGAUGUUAUGUUUCUAAAUGAAAGAAGAAACAGCUAUGGAAAAGAAUUUCUUAAACCAAGAGGAGUUUAUGUUCUAGUUAAAAGAGAAAAGUGCUCCCAGAAUUAUCCCAUAUACACACCUCUCCUGCAGGACAGUAUUAUCGUAAACGAAGGGUUCCUGAGACAAUUGAGCUUGUUGCGAGAAGAGGCGAUAAAGAAAGAUGAAGAUCAAAGGUUAUUGGAAAACGAUGGGGCUACUAAUGGCAAGAACAAGAAUUCUUCAGGACGAAGAACAUAUUCUACCAGGGAUUCUAGUAACAGGCGGACUCAAUCCUUUCUUUAUGGAAAAAACAAAAAGCCAAACAAUACACGGCCAUCGCGAUGACGUCACAUUUGCAAAUGUCUCAUAAUGUAAUUAACUUAGGCCCAUUUACCACAUACCGUUUACUACAAAGCGUUGUCCAGUUUUAUUUUCAAAUUUGCAAAAAAUGGAUUGAAGGAUUGGAAUUUUCAUGUUAAAAUUAGCCUGUGCUGAAAAUUUCAUGUUGUUUGAACAGACAGGCCGCGAAUUACGCCCUGUAUAUUUCACCGGAAUUGGCUGCUGCAGUCAAACGAUUAAUUCAAAUAAUGGUGAUGCCAUACCCUGGUUACCAGAAUCUCCAUGAUUUAGUCUCAGCUAUAUUGUUAGAAGCAAGUCACCGAAAUUCUUUGCCACCACAACAGUCUUCAAUACUUUAUCCCCGGAUUCAUGAGGAUCUGGUACCCAGGGUAUAUUUUCCAUAGAAACAAAUUUGUUAACCUCAACUCAGAACUGAGAAUAAAAAGAACUAAAAAUUUGUCUAUUUUUUUUUUAAAUUUUUUUCCUUUAGAUGGAAUAUGAACCAAAAAUGGUCAUUUUAAUAACUUUCCCUAAUGCGGAAGCUUUUGAAAGAAGAUGGUAAAAAAGUGGCUUGCUAGCAACGAAUAAAUCGUAAGAGUAAACUCAAGUCCUGAAUACGAAAUCUACAUAAAAGAGGAGACUUGCUCUGCACUCUGCAUGAUAGAAAAGGCUGGUCAUGUCAUUUUCCUGCUUUUUAUGCAACUAGCUCAUUUGCUACUUAGCGGACUUUUAGCAACGUGUAGGGACGGAAAGCGUUCUGCUAUAAUGAUUUGGGUUUGAAAAAUUAUUCCCUCCUCUCUGAUUAUUCCUCAUGUGAGUUUGCUACACGAAAGAAACCAAUGUAUUAGAAAUGUACUUGGAGUUGUGCAACAUUAUCGAGCGUCAAGCACAGUCUCUUCUUGUUUCCUUCAAGGUUCGUUGCAAUAAACUUGCAAAGUUUCCGUGCAAAAACACAAGAUAACGUGUGAAACUUUUGCCCGCUGAAAAAUUAAUCCCUCCUCUCUGGCAAUCUCACCUCUCAAAAAAUCCCACGUUAAUGAAAAAAAACCCGCAGCGGGAAUACAAGUGAGAAUAUGAUACAGUAUAUAUCAUUGGAGAUGAAUAAAUAUUGAAAAAGACUAUAAAAUGAUGUCACAGACAACUUGAAUGUGUGCCAGUCGCAACCCUGUCUUUGAACCACAGUUGAUGGCCUCUGAUUUAAUAGAAAUCACAUAAAUUUACAAAACCUACUUUAUUGAAUUAAUGUUGUUUCUGAUUAUUCUAUUGAAUCCGUGUAGCUGAUGUUGAAGAAAAUAGAAUACAUUAAAUUUUCAAAGUUAUCAAUAAUUACUUUAAUAAAUUGUGAAUUUUAAGUCGAAAUUUUAUUUAUUCAAUUAACCAAAUAGAACUUAAUAAAGAUUGAGUAACCUAAUCAAAUUUGAAAUAUAUAGCAUUACUAGAAAUUUUUGUUGCCGUUUAUGCCACAAAGUCCUUUGCUUUAUCAUAGCCAGAAAAGAUUUGUUGGUUAUUCGCAAUAACCAAUAUUGUACCACAUUUUAAGUCAUGGAUUUCAAGCACAAGCUACAACCAACAAUUACUGCCUAAUAAUAGAAUUCAUUGAAAUGUUGAACAUACAACGGAAAUUUCCAAUAAAUUUGUAAGAAGGGCAAAUGAAUGGAACUGAAAAACUGGGACAACAAGAUCAUACUUUAAAGAAAACAUAAUUCGGUUAAAAAAAUCAGGACUCGCUUCAGUCAAGCUAAAGUGCGUGUAUCUCUAUGGAAGCAUAUAAAUGGUGGGAGCGAAUAUUUUUAGCAACUUUAAUACAAGAUAUCUUGAACCUUUUUUCAAACAAAAUUCUGUUAUAAGUUUUCUACUUGUUUCCCAUAAUUUUCAAAUUGAUUUUGCUUUUGAAAGCAAAUGUUAGCGCUUGAAAACCUUAAUUGAACCAUCAGUGACACAUUACAAAAUAUCUAUUCAUAUAAUUUUAUUCAUGAUGUAUCAUUUUCCUACCAUUAUGAAGGAACAAUUGGCA